CACACGUCAAAAUAAGACAAGACAGCUGCUUGGGUAAUAAAAAAAGUUUAUAGAUAAAUAGUCUAAUGAGACGGUAUGAGGUGAUGGUUUAAAUCUUAAAUUAUAGGCUGUGACCGACAGAGACAGCGAAUUGUAAAGUUUGUGGCAUGUAUGUGCGUUGUGGAGGAUAACAUUCCUUAUAGUGGAGUUUUGUGAUUUUUGUUUUAUUGCACAUGCUCUUAUUGAACUCGACGCAACAGCGGAGCCUUAUGACAUUACGCACAGACCAGGAGCGGGGCUGCAAAUGGGCGGCAUAGGUGGCAACCUCUACCUCAGCAUGUUGAAUGGGACUGAAACGCAAACUUUCGGAAAGAACACCGACAUCAGCAGUCACCUCCACCGCGGCGGCAAGGAUCUAUCAGAGUUUAAAAUGGGGAUCCAGGACGCGAGGUUUUACUACCCAGACUCUGUUCAAAGCGGGCAGGACGCUCUGGCUCUGCCGUACCACUCGGACCAGGCGGUGGGAGGGUACGGAGCGCAGCCCGGCAGGUUUUACGCACAGACCCUCGGUAGUUGCCCGUACGGCGGCGUGCGCUCGCCGCCAAGAAGCGGAGCCGUUCAGGGUUACAUCCAGACGGCAGGUGACGGGUUUCCUACGGGCGGUAAAGACUUGUACUCACCUUCUCCGGAGAACUACCCGACGAGCUUUCAGCACGGCUACCAGCGGCCGCCUCUCUACCCUUUACCUGGGCUACAGGUGUGCGGGAAGACUCAGGCUCUGCUCAAUAACUACCCGCUAUGGGCCAAGUUCCACAAGUUCCAAACCGAGAUGAUAAUAACCAAACAGGGGAGGAGGAUGUUCCCUUUUCUGAGCUUCAACAUCAGUGUUCUGGAUCCGUCUGCCCACUAUAAUGUCUAUGUCGACGUGGUUCUGGCUGACCAGCACCACUGGAGGUACCAGGGCGGCAAAUGGGUCCAGUGUGGGAAAGCAGAGGGUAACAUGCCAGGGAACAGGAUGUACAUGCACCCUGACUCUCCCAACACAGGAGCUCACUGGAUGAGACAAGAAGUGUCUUUCAGCAAACUCAAGCUCACCAACAACAAGGGCAGCACCAAUAAUGUGGCACAGAUGAUCGUGCUCCAGUCGCUCCAUAAGUACCAGCCUCGCCUUCACAUCGUGGAGGUGAAGGAGGACGGCUCUGAGGAUCCCUUCCUCUCAUCCAAAGCUCAGACCUUCAUCUUCCCAGAGACUCAGUUCAUCGCUGUUACUGCUUAUCAGAACGCAGAUAUCACUCAGCUGAAAAUAGACCAUAACCCCUUCGCUAAAGGUUUCCGCGACAAUUACGACACGCUGUACGCUCCUCCUGACUCUGAUCGCCUCACCCCCUCCCCUACAGAGAGCCAGCAGCUGAUGCCAGGGAGCUGCUACCCCCAAGGCUACCUCUCUGAGCAGUACAUGAGCCCCCUGCCUCAGAGCCGCUUCUACGGCCGCGAGCCUCUUGGUAUGGGCCAGCAGCACAAAGACCCGUCCUCCAGCCCCGGUCCUCACAGCCGCUGGUACCUGCCGCCUCAGCAGGGUGUGGCCACCAAUCGGCUUGACUUCACUUCCUCCUAUGAGGGGGACUUCUCCGGAAAUGGUUUCUACAAGCCCUUCCCCUUGCAGACCUCCGCUCACCAUGCCCUCAGCUACUACCCAGACCAUCCUUUUGCAUCUCCGAGUGUGUCUGUAUCAGGAGCCACCUCAGCGGGCUGGACCACAAGCCGGCCCACCCCUCAGUACCUCAGCCACCCGAGUAAGCCCGGCCCCAGUCUGGGCUGGUUUAGACCCAUAUCGUCCUCUUCAUCCUCCUCAUCUUCUUCUACGUCGCCUGGCAACCACAGGCUGCACCCGCCCUCACUCCUCGAGCCUCUGCAGCCGCCCCUGCUGCAGGACAAGCCCAAAGACACUGUGGAGGUGGUGGCAGAGGACCCCUGGCUCGAACCUCCCUCUGUGAAAUCAGCGGCCUCGGCUGACUCUGGCCUGUUUGAGGGAGGCGUGGGGGACAACAAGAAGAGGAGGGUGUCGCCGUACACGUCCAGCACUGAAAACUCCCCGCCUCCGCGCAGUGGAGAGGUCUGCGAGAAGGACAGCAACAGCAAUGCAGACUACUAUAACUAUUACACCCACUAAAGGCCUCCCAGAGUCUUACCACACCGCCCUCGUGAACAUGCAUUGGUCUGAUAAAGGGCUGGAACAGACAAAUACCAGAACCUGCAGCCUCAUCUGCUGCCCCAUCACAGUGUCUCGAUAAAGUCCCCCCUCAAAGUGUCAAAUGAAUACAGGAGCAACUUUCAAGGUUGCUGUCAAAGUUAGUGUUGAACCAAAGUGGAUGUGACCAGGAAACUAGCCUAGAGUCACAUAAACACCAUACAGACAAACAGACCUGUGACUUAAGCCUUUGAAACAUCUGGAGAGUUGGGGAAAAAAAUUAUCUGCAUAUCUACUUGCUGACAGACGCCUGCAGGGAUUGUCUGUUCUUUCUGCAUCAAACACUCUCUCUGUCUCUUUUGCUCUGUCUUGUCUCUUCCUUCUUCUCACCCUCAACCUUUCACACAUACUCUCACAAUAUGCUUACGGUCAUUUCCCCUGAUGAUUCUGAGCAGAAAUUACAUUUCACAUGCAGUCUUCUCCUAAUGUGUAUAGUGCAGCGCCCACCAGUGUCGACAGAGGAGCGUUGCAGGCUGACAGUGCAGAGGCCAAAGUGAACUGAUGUCAGAAGGUUAAGAAGGUUUAGCAAGCACAUGUCCUCAUGCCUAAUCUAAGUCAACCCAGCUAGGACAACCUCUUCUGUGUGUGUGUGUGUGUGUGUGUGUGUGUGUGUGUGUGUGUGUGUGUGUGUGUGUGUGUGUGUGUGUGUGUGUGUGUGUGUGUGUGUGUGUGUGUGUUAAUGUUAAGUAAAUAAGCGACCACAGCAGAAAUAGCAAGACCUUUCAACUGGAGACAAUCCAACAUAUCCCAGGUGUAAAAAGAAGAGCUUGUAUCUGGAAUAAUAAUUUACAUUUCAUAGUAAAAUGUUGCCCAUCUGGGUAUUUGCAGGGUAAAGCAAAGGCAUCAAAUCUCUGUCUGUUUGCACUGAAAUAUGAUUAGAUCCUUGCACUAUAUGUCCGAAACACAGAGACGGAUAAUAUUGACAUCCUGGUUAUUAUGAUAAAACCUCACUUAAAACAGAUGUUUUGAAGAGGGGGGGUCUUAUAGAAAACAAAAGAAUGGUAUAGCUUCAUUAGAGCUGCAACGCUUCAUCAAUUCAAUUCAAUUAAUCGACAACUAUUUUGAUAAUCGAAUCACUUAAAGCAAAAUAAACAUUUGCUGGUUCAAGCCGUCAAGCUGUCACCCGCUUCGAAUGUUAUCAGCCGUAAUCAGUGGCUAUAAUGUUGAGCUGAACCCCUGGGUUGUGCCAAAAAAGACAUUUAAAGACGUCCCCCUGGGGCGUGGGAAAUUAUAACAAGAAUUGUACUAUUUUCUGACAUUUUAUAGCCAGAAUGAUUAAUCGUUCAAUCAAGAUCAUAAUCAACAGAUGAAUCGAUGAUGAAUAUAAUCGUUAGUCGCAGCCUUAAACUGGGAAAACAACCAGCUGUUUCUGACGCUUUCAAGCACAUCAUGGUCCUCUUCCGUGGAGGGAGUUAUCCAGUUGUCUAGGAGAUUAUUUUGUUCAGGUGACCCAAGUGUGGAACUUCAGUCACUUGAUUACCGCCGAUCAAAACGUGAAGUGGGUGUGGAAGCUGUUUCAAACUGCCCCUAAAUGGGAUUUCACACGUUAAAAAACUAGUGAUAAUAAGGAUCUCACUUUCUCAAAUUCUGGGUCUGAAUCAGAUCUGUAAACUGCUAUAAAUGUUCCUAAAAUCUAAUAUGUCAAGGGAGGAGAUGGGAGCCUGCAGCAUGAAGAAUAAUGCUCUUGGAGUGGAGGUGGAUGAAGAGCAAAUGGUGUGAGAUUCUGGUGAAAAAAGCUGCCAAUGUGUGUUAAGACAUUCGGUAGUGGUCACAAAAAUUGGAAAAUACUCCUAUGUUAUGGUGUAGCUCAACUACUCCUAUGUUGUUAGCUUUGAGGUCAUUUAAAGACAUAGAUAAGUAAUGGAAAACAUGCAUCUUAGCACCAGGCGUAAACAAGGCCAGCUGGAAACUGCUGCAGUCAGUGGAUAUGAAAAUGCUCCUGUCACCACACACACACACAAAUCAAGACAGCGAUCAAUUCCAGCAUCGAUAACAACAUAACUGGAAAACAGUAUUGGCAGGGAAGUGUGAGCGAUUAAAACACACAUAGACAAACUGCACCCACUGUACAUGAACAAAGCCACAGUAUUAUCUCUGUGUGUAUCUGCCUGACUUUCGGCAUCUGUCAAUACCUGAUAUGUUAUGAUCCACUAAAGUUAGGCACGAUAGGAGAUGAAUAAAUCCAGUUUUUGUUAUCUUCACCGUCAUUUUGAUUGUAAGUGAGCCGAGAGGAACAAUUCAGUGAGAUUGAAACCUGUUUGUGAGGGAAGAGCGAGACACACCUGGUGGAGAUCUGCGCUCUACUGAGUGCACUUUUCUAGUUCAAACUAAAAUACAUACAAUUUCCCGCCGGGACUCUUUCUCUCCAACAUUUUUAAUCUUCUUUGCUGUGGUGCUGCAGGUUUUCCCAAACCCUUCCCGUACAGUAGGAGCAGAGCAACAGUGCUGCAGACGCGUGAAAAGUGGGUCAUUCAGAAUGUCCCCAUGCACCUGUAGGUAACGGACGAGGCACUGUCACCCUUAAAUCCACGAUAAACAGGAAGAAGUGACCAGACAGACACUCUGAAUUUCCCCCCUAGUCUUCGGGCCUAUCAUGUCGUGACACUGGCUGACAAGAGUCCCCGCUUGCAGCCUGGUGACAGAAAUGAAGAGUGAGGCUGCAGUCGGCGCUGAUCAGAGAUCUGCUCCUCAUUCCUCACCAGGUGUGCUAAUGGCCUCAGACAACACUGGAGGCGACAGGCAGGCUCUCACUCGGUGCAGUGCAGGGUUACUUUAGUCUUUUCUGAGGGAGAGAUGAAAUUAAAAAUAAAUCUGCCCUCUUGAAAUGCCUAAAAUAAGUUUAUGAAAACUGUACGAGCAGUCUGUAACCUACUGUAGAGUUUACCUAUGUCCCGUGUUCCCCAGCACAACAUCUUCUUAAUGUGACACAAGUAGGACACCGUUCAAACCAUUUAGAGUUCUCAGCAAUGUUGAGCUAUUCCUUCUCAGCAGUCAUGCCUGACUAAAGAACUAGGAUGUGAUCAUCGCACAUAUCAACCUGCUGCCACUAAACAUUUCAUACCAUGAAGACACUGAGGUCAUGUAGUCUGGAUUUGUUUUUUAUUUGGGGGCUUUAGGGACUAGGGGGGAGUUAACUUUGUACAGUUGAAACUUGCUUACAGUAUUUUCUAGACUCAAUAUAUUUAAAUUUGAUGCAACAAAAUUAAACUGACCUAAUGAAGUUUCUCCCCUCCUGGCAGGGGGGAAGAGGACUGAAACUUAGACCUUCAUGUUGGGAAAAUAAAUCUACAGAAAUGUGAAAAAUCCAAAUAAUUUGACAAUUUUACAGCCUUUGUUUUUGGGGCCUGGUCCAUAUUUAGGGGAAGCCCUAGGGGAUUGGAUUCCUGCUGACUUUUUUCUAUUUUUAUCUUGGCUUUGGCCCCGUUUGCCUUAUUGAGGUUUGACAUUUUGACACAAAAUUCAGGCUCUUUUCUGAGCUAAACUGGUUUUCUAAACGCGUUGUAUGAUGACUGGGACUGCAGCACUUGGCAAAAUGGCCCUAACAGUGAUGUUGAUGCAAAAAUGACAAACUGUCUGAAGUUCAGCCCUUAACCAUUUAAAUAACUAAGUUAAAUGGUAAUGAAGUGUUAAUUGUAUGCUGAAAACAGAAUGGAUAUAGUGUAUUUUGCUUGUGUAACAUUUCCAAAAGAUGUAUUAUUUAAUGUUUAUGUUGACAUCUGUCAGAUGAUGACUCUUGAUGAACCUUAUAAAGGUGCAAUGGACAAUUCUUGUUUCAAGUGCAAUUAAUAGAAAGUAAAUUAGUUUAGAAUUAAUGAUGGCAUUUCAAAAACAAUGAGAGCAAAGUUGUAUGUUGUACUGACCUGUGGACGAUGUCAGUUAUUUAUUUUUACGUGCUGUGGUUUGUUACCUGUUUUAACUCCUGCACAUUCAUGAGUGCAAGUUCUCACAUCAAACGGGAGAAAGAAUCUUCCAGACGCCUCAGGAACAACCCCUGCUGGAUAUAUCAGCUAUUACAAUCAGCCAAUCCCUGAUGUUUAACCUUGAAUACCUCCAUUUCCCAUGAGUCUGUGUUUUUCUUGAACACACAUUUCCCUCAGUAAGAGAAUAAGACUGUGUGGGAACUGUAUUCCCACUGUAUUUACUGUAUGAUAUAGAAAUAGAGUGAAGAAGGAAGACCAGACAAGGUUAAGCAACAAGCAUGUUAUUUUUUUGUGUGUGAUCCAUGUGCACCGUUUAUGUCGAGGGAACAACAAUCCUCCUUUGACUCUUACAUUGAGAGCUUAUGCAUUGCAAAAUUAAGAUUUCUGAAUGGGUGAAAACUGUUAUUUAUUAAAAGGUGGCAUAAUU